AUGGCAACUCACGAACGACAACGGUCCGAGCGAGGCGUGGUGUUGUAUGCACCCGAGCGUGCCGUCGGCCUGCCCAACGCCCAGUUCCCUCAAGGCAUACCGGAGAUGAAAACUUUCGUGGUCGCGCUCGUAGCUCGCAACAAGUGGAGAAAAAUGGUUACCGCCGAUGGCAUGCGGCCGAAUUGUGAUGGUGUCACCUACCUCACCAUGCCGAAGCUUGUCGGCCAAGGCCACUCGAUGUGCAUGAUAGCGUCGAACGUACUCUGCCUAAUCACCUCACCUAGAAACAUCUCCAUAACUAAUCAAAUCCUCGUACACUUCGCCUCGAGCAUCUCGGCUUAUUAUAACUCCAAGAAAAUGGUUGCCAUCAAGAACCUCCUCAUCGCCACCCUCACCUCCAGCGUUAUCGCAAGACCACUGUUGAGUGGUCGCAACGUCCCAGACAUUGAAGUCGAUUCUGUCGCUUCCAUCGAGACCCGAGCUGAAGCUGCCAAAAAUGUGAACGCCGCUGCUACAUAUGGCAACGGCGGAUCAUUCGGAAACGGCGGAGCAUACAAGAACGGAAACAACGGUGGUGGCUUCAACUCUGGCGGUGGCUUCAGCUCUGGUAAUGGCGGCGGUAACUGCGACUACUCCGAGAAGAACAGACUCGACCAGGAGAUUCGCAACAGGGAGCGCAUGAAGGACCGUCUCGAUGACGAGAUCCAGAGACGCCAGAAUAUGAAGGAUCAGCUUGACCAGGAGAUUCGUCGCAAGCAGAAUGGCGGGUGGUAA